AAAAAAAGGGGGGGAGAGACGAGGGAAAUGGGGAGGGGGUGUCCCAGUGCCCCCCCCCCAGGGCUGACACAGUUGGCAGGGAGGCGAUUGUGCGACCUCGCUGCCUCUCCAGGGAUUUGAAGCUGGGCCAAGCGGCAGCGGUGGAAUUGUCACCGCAGGCAGCCGAGGAAACGCAGCGGGAGGGACACGGGAGGGACACGGGAGGGACGGGAGUGGGACACCGAGGGGACAAAGCAGGACGCCUCGCACCGGCCCCGCUUCUCGCCCCGCAGCCGGAGGCUCCCCAGACCCCGCGGAGCCGGGUGUGGAGAGGGGACCGCGGGUCCUCGGUGUCCCCACACACCGGGGGCCACCCCGGAGCCGUCCCCGUUGCCACCGUCCUCCGUCACCCGUGGGAGCCCGAUGAGCCGCCGAGGCCGAGCGUGACCCUAUGCAGGCCAGGAAGAAAUACCUGCUGCUGGCCUUCCUCGCCUCCUGGCUCGUCCUCCUCCUCCUCCUCCUCGGGGACCGCCUGCGCCGUUCGGCCUUCAUGUCCCAGCCCAGAGCCGUGUCCCCCAGGAGCUGGCCCCGCUGGGCCGAUCGCUCCCUUCUGGGAAGCUUCGCGGCCCCCCAGGAGCUGCAGGACCUCGGGACGCCCUCGCCGCCCUCAUCCCGGCUGAACUCCUCGUCCCGGUGCCGCAUGGAGAACUGCUUCGACCUCGGGCGCUGCCGGCGGCACGGCUUCAAGGUCUUCACCUACCCGCGGCAGCGGGGCCAGCCCGUGUCCGACAGCUACGGCAAGAUCCUGGCCUCCCUCGAGCGCUCGCGCUACCACACGCGGCGCCCCGAGGAGGCCUGCGUCUUCGUGCUGCCCUUCGACACCCUGGACCGCGACCGCCUCUCGGCCCGCUACGUCCCCGGCCUGGGCCAGCAGCUCGGAGCCUCCCCGCUGUGGAACGGGGGCCGCAACCACCUCGUCUUCAACCUCUACUCGGGCACCUGGCCCCACUACGGCCCGGAGCUGGGUUUUGACGUCGGCCAGGCCAUGUUGGCCAAAGCCAGCUUUGAUGCUGAGAGUUUUAGGCCUGGGUUUGACGUCUCCAUCCCGCUCUUCCCCCGGGACCACCCGCAAUGGGGUGGGCAGGAGGGGAGGCUGAGGCACGGCGCGGUGCCCCCCAGGAAAAAAUACCUGCUGGCCUUCAAGGGGAAGCGAUACCUGACCGGCAUCGGGUCCGGCACCAGGAACGCCCUGCACCACAUCCACAACGGGAAGGACAUCGUCUCCCUCACCACCUGCAAGCACGGCAAGGACUGGGAGAAGCACAAGGACGCGCGCUGUGACAAGGACAACGCGGACUACGAGAAGUUUGACUACCAGGAGCUGCUGCACAACUCCACCUUCUGCAUCGUGCCCCGCGGCCGGCGCCUGGGCUCCUUUCGCUUCCUGGAGGCGCUGCAGGCCGCCUGCAUCCCCGUGCUGCUGAGCGAUGGCUGGGAGCUGCCCUUCUCCGAGGUGAUCGACUGGAGCAAAGCCGCCGUGGUGGGCAGCGAGAGGCUGCUCCUGCAGAUCCCCUCCGCCGUGCGCUGCAUCCACCCGGAGCGCGUGCUGGCCCUGCAGCAGCAGACGCAGUUCCUGUGGGACGCCUACUUCUCCUCCGUCGACAAGAUCGUGCACACCACGCUGGAGAUCAUCAAGGACCGGCUGCUCCCGCACCGCUCGCGGCCCCGCUUCCUCUGGAACGAGCCCCCCGGGGGGCUGCUGGCCCUGCCCGACUUCUCCACGCACAUCGGGGACUUCCCCUUCUACUACCUGCAGCACGGCUCCAGCCCCUCUGAGAAGUUCACAGCCCUCAUCCGCGUCGUCUCGCCGCUGUCCCAGCCCGUCCUCAGGCUCAUCCAGGCCGUCUCCAGGUCCCAGUACUGCGCCCAGAUCCUGGUGCUGUGGAGCUGCGAGGAGCCACCGCCACCGCUCGAGAAGUGGCCCCAAAUCACGGUGCCCCUGAGCGUCAUCGAGGGCAGGAGGGAGCCCAGCGACCGCUUCUUCCCCUACGCGGCCAUCCGGACGGACGCGGUGCUCAGCCUGGACGAGGACAGCAGCCUCUCCACCAGCGAGGUGGAUUUUGCCUUCGUGGUGUGGCGCAGCUUCCCCGAGCGCAUCGUGGGCUUCCUGGCCUCCAGCCACUUUUGGGACGCCGAGCAGCAGCGCUGGGGCUACACCUCCCGCUGGACCAACGAGCUCUCCAUCGUCCUCACCGCCGCCGCCUUCUACCACAGGUAUUAUCACAGCCUCUUCACCGGGUACCUGCCCGCGGGGCUGCGUGAGCUGGCGGGGGGCCUGGCCGCCUGCGAGGACAUCCUGAUGAACGUCCUGGUGGCCGCCGUCACCAAGCUGCCGCCCAUCAAGGUCACCCAGAGGAAGCAGCACAAGGAGGCCGUGCCCCAGCAGCAGGUGAAGGGCACGGCGCCGAGCAGCAGCCGGGGUUUCUCGCAGCAGCAGGAUUGCCUCAACCAGCUGGCGGAGUGGUUCGGGUACAUGCCCCUCGUGUCCUCCCAGCUGCGCCUCGACCCCGUGCUCUUCAAGGACCAGGUCUCCAUCCUGCGCAAGAAAUAUCGCCACUUGGAGAGGCCCUGAGCCCCGCCGGGCACCCCGACCCCACCGCACGGACCUCAGGGGAGCAGCGCAUCCCUCCCGGAGCGAGCACUGGGGUGGCUGCCCACGGGGUUUUUAUUUGGUAUUGGGUUUUACCAGUACGAUAUAGGGCAGGGCAGGCACGGGGAUGGAUGCAGGGUGAGCAGAGUCCGGCUGGAGGCUGCAGGAUGCGGGAUGAGCCAGCUGUGCAUGGUGGUGGCACAGCAGGGGACCCCGGUGCCACCGUGCCCAGCACAUUGGGGACAUCCUUGGGGCUUGGUGGUGGUCGCUGCGUUCCCAGGCACGGUCCCCAGGCAGUGGCAGCGCCCAGGAGGCUGCGUUUGGGGCUGCCCCACACCAGCAGUGUCCCCGCCGGGUGCUGCAGAGGUGCCCAUGUCCCUGCGAUUGUUUCGUGCACCGUCCCCACCCCGCGAGCAGCAGGGAGGGGACAGCGAGUGCUUGAGCUUCCCAAAAGCAAACAGGGGAGCGAUAAGAGGUGAGAGCAGGGCAAGCGUCCUCCCUCCGCCCUCCCUCCCUCCCCAGGCUGGGAUGGACCCAAGCACCCAGGGGCUCCUCCCCAGGCACCCUUCCACCCCCUUUUUUUCCCCCAAAGCGAAAUAAAAGGGAUAUUUCAGCUGCUU